AUGACAGAGAUACAACUCUACAUUAACCCACGAACAAAAUGGACGGUCUACUUCUUCAUGGUUCUAUUCGGACUCUCCUCUCUGCUCCCUUGGAACAUGGUCAUCACAGCUACUGGUUAUUUUGCUGCCAAGUUCUCUGAGACUAACAGCACCCAAAUUGAGACAGGGUUCCCCAGUUACUUUCAGAUAGGUGGUAUCGGAUCUAAUGUGGUAUUCAGUCUUUCUUCAAUAGUACUUCUGAAAUACGUGCCGAUAAAGCCUGUGCUGAUCACAUGUAACAUUGUAGCUCUGAUCAUAUUUGUGGUGAUGACUGUGAUGUCCAAACAGAUCACUGUCACGUGGCCCAUGUCCUUCUUUUACAUCUCUAACGUUAUCUUCUGUGUAGCGUGUGCUGUGUCAGCAGCUUACAUCUCCGGGAUGAUGGCAGUUGCGUCCAUGUUAACACCAACAGCAGUGCAAGGCUUCUUCUUGGGUCAGGGUGCUGCCGGACUGUUUGCAACACUCCUCAGCAUCAUCACUCUCUCAAUACCAGGUGCUGAUCCAGUACAAGCAGGGUUCUACUACUUUCUCAUCGCUGCCAUAUCCCUCGCACUGUCUUUAGUUGCAUACCUUCUCUUCAGCAGGAUGAGUUAUGUGAGGUACAACACGAUGCGAAAAGAAGAGAAGAUAGAGGACCAAGCAGGAGCCGGUGCUGACUUAUCUGCAUGUCAAGUCUUCAUGAAUAUCUGGAAGUUCUGCAUCUCAUCCUUGAUAACGCUGUCGAUAACUCUAGCUUGUUUCCCUGCUGCCCUCUCUGCAUUGAGAUCCACCAGUACCGACACAACAAGUCGCUGGACAACCACCUACUUCUCCCCAGUCAUGAUCUUCCUGAUAUUCAACAUAGGAGACGUCCUAGGCAGAGUAACCUCAAGUCUCCUUCCCUACCCCACCAAGCGCCUUAUCCUCCCCAUCUCCGUCUGCCGUAUCGUCUUUAUCCCACUUCUCUACAUGUGUAACCUUCAACCUCGCUCUCUCACAGUCUGGUUCAAGUCGGACUUGUGGCCCGCUAUUUUCAACCUCCUCAUGUCCUGGACUAACGGACAUCUUCUCUCACUCUCAGCAGUGUAUGGUCCCCAAGAGGUGGAGACUAAAAGUGCUCAAUCCCUGGCGGGAACGUAUAGGGCAUUCUCCGGCACUCUGGGACUUGUUAUUGGCAGUAUUCUUGUCUUUCCCUUCCUCUAUAUUUUGAAGAAUUAA